CGCUGCUAUUAUGCUGCCACCACAAUAACACCGUCAUCGCCCCGUUCGAACGUUCCAUGGCAGCGUCCACCUCUGCAUCGCGCCUCAAACCACUGUCAUAACUUUCCAUGUCCGCCGCAUCGCGUGCAUUCGACCCUUCGAUUGAUUCGCGCCGGGCCUAGUAGCGAAACGAGUCCGUGGACAAAGUACAACGCGCCACGAUAACCACAACACACAACCCAUCUGCCGUUAAAAUGGCGACUCCGGCGACCAGAACACCGCAAAAUGGCCUGCAGCGCAAGUUCAACGGAUGCGCCAAGAUUGGCGAGUAUGAGAUGCUGCAGAAGCUGGGAGAGGGAACUUUUGGUGAAGUCCAUAAAGCGCGUCAGAUGCGAACGGGCAGCGUUUUCGCGUUGAAGAAGAUCCUGAUGCACAACGAGAAGGACGGCUUCCCUAUCACAGCGCUGCGAGAGAUCAAGCUUUUGAAGAUGCUGUCUCAUGAGAACGUCUUGAAGCUGGAAGAGAUGGCCGUCGAGCGACCGCGAGCUGAGGGUCGCAAAAGAGCGAUUCUGUACAUGGUCACGCCGUACAUGGACCACGAUCUGUCCGGUCUCCUCGACAAUCCAGACGUCAAGUUCCAGGAAGCGCAGAUCAAGUGCUACAUGCUGCAGUUGUUCAAGGGCUUGCGCUACCUGCAUGACAACCACAUCCUGCACCGAGACAUGAAGGCUGCCAACCUGCUCAUCAACAACCGUGGGCGACUUCAGAUCGCAGAUUUCGGUCUCGCAAGACACUACGAUGAGCCGGUACCAAUAAAGGGAAAGGGCAACGGCGAAGCACGGAGAGACUACACAGCACUCGUCGUCACACGAUGGUACCGACCUCCAGAGCUCCUUCUCCAACUGCGGAGGUACACCCCCGCGAUCGACUUGUGGGGCGCGGGGUGCGUGUUCGGCGAGAUGUUCAAGCGCAAGCCUAUCCUCGCUGGACAGAGCGACCUCCACCAAGCGCAGAUUAUCUUUGAGCUUGUUGGCUCUCCCAACGACCAGAGCAUGCCCGGCUGGCAGGAGCUUCCUGGCGCUGAACCCAUACGCCAAUUCGCACCAAAUACAGGUUCGAUAGCGCAAAGAUUCCGUGAGCUUUCGCCCACGGGCCUGUCGCUGCUCAAAGACCUCAUGAGACUUGACUGGCGGAAACGUAUCAACGCUAUUGACGCAAUUGAACAUCCCUACUUCAGAGAGAACCCUAAGCCUAUGCGCGAGGAAGAUAUUCCCACGUUCGCCGACUCCCACGAACUCGAUCGCCGCAAUGCUCGAGGGCAGAAGCAGGCACUGCCACCAGCACCCGCAGGUGGCACGGUGGGUAUUGGGCCGAGUGGUGAAUGGACUGGCUCUGGCCCACCACCAAAUUCCUGGGGCAACGGUGACCGGCGGUAUGGUGGCCCUCAAGAUCGCGGGCCCCCAGGCGUUGAUCGAUCGUCAAGAGGAGGGCACAAUGAUCGCGAUCGUGGCCCACAACGUUAUGACCACGGACGACCUCCACCUCCCCCGCCAGAGGGUGGCGGUCGAAGGCCAAACUGGGGCAAUGGUGGACACCUGCCCCCUCCACCUGGCGAGGGUCGACACCCACUCCCUCUACCUCCCCGUUAUGGCCCUGACAUUGGCGACCGAAGACGAAACCAGCCCCCGCCAGGAGACACAUACAUACCCAGCUACCAAGGCGGCGAUCGUCCACGCGGCUCACGCGAACCAGACGACCGCCAACAAAGACGCGGAUCCCGCGACUCAGGCAACUCACGAGAUGGGCACACAGACGAGCGGCGCCCCUACCGCGACGACCGCCGGCAGGGUGACGCUAGAAGCUUCGCCCGCGAUAGGAGAGACGGGAAGACGCGAUCACGUAGUCCGGAUCGCCGGAACGAUAGGAACGAUAGAGACGGGCGCGACAACAGAGGCAGGAAUGAUGAUAUUUACAGGAGACGGUAGGGCUACUCUCUUGUGGGGCUUUGGUGGUAGGCAAGCGGCUUUUCUUAUGAGUAUAUGCAGUAUGGCGUGGCGUCUGAGAUUCUGUAUGAGGGACGCAUCGAUACCUUAGAUAUGGCGUUUUGUGGGUUUUGAGCAUUGCAUGGCGUUGUGGUGCGAGAAUGCUCUGCUAGCAAUAGGAUAAUUUUAUACGUAUUGAUCCAUGC